AAAUUAAAACGAAUAAAAAUUAAUAAAUAAAAUUCAUCAAAAAUAAAAAUAGUAGAAGGUAACUCACAUAAAUUUCUAAAGGCCAACAAUUAUAUUAAUUAGCUAAUUAAUUAAUAAAUAUUAUAACACUUAGUACAGUAAGUAUAUAAAUAAAUAAAUAAAAAUAGGUCAAAUAAAAUGUCACAAACUGAAAACAUCCUUGAUAAAAAGCAAAAUACAACUAAACAAGGCAUCGAUCAUAGUAAAUUUUACGAAUGGUCUAAGCAAUUCUAGUAUAUUUCCUCUUAUUAAUCUAACAGCUCAGAUAAACCUAAUGAGCUUAGAAGCGAUGCAAUUUAAGGGUACAAAGGAUUCAUUCCUUAAAUAUAAUCUAACAAUAUGUUUGGUCAAACCUUCAGUAGAUCUGCUAGAUAAGUGCUAGCUUCUAAUGUAUCCAACAAUCCUUUUAAACUAAGUUCUACUGGACACAAUAGUCUUCGCCACAACUAUGCAGAUUAAAGCCUCAAUGCUUUUACUCAUAAAUUUGGAGCAACUACAAUCUAGAAGAAUCACCCUUCUUUGGAGAGCAAUCUAAAAUAGUCUCUUUACAAAUAAUAAUUUUCAAAACCAGUUUUUAGCAAUGAAAACAAUUAAGAUUUUAAUGCUGAUGACUUGAAUGGCAAUAAUAACCUCUCUAAAAAAACAAUUCUAUCAGGAUUUAUGAAAAAUAAUUCAAUAGUUGGAUUUAAAGAGUGUCUUGAUUCCUAACUUCAAUUAAAGGACUCUAAAAGCGAAUACAACGAUAAGUUUUAAUCUAAAAAUAGAAUCCAUAGAGAUACUUCUAUAUUCCAUAUUAGAAAUAAAAGUCAAAUCAUCAUUCCUGCUUGA